AUGGAGUGUAAUCCUCCUCACUUACCUGCGACACGGGACUCCAGCUGCUCUCCACCGAGCUCCAAACAGGACCUCCCAACAUUCAACCCCAACAUGAAACCCAACCAGGUCAGCGAGACCGCCCUGUAUGGAAUACCCAUAGUCUGUCUGGUGCUGGACGGUCAGGAGAGACUGUGCCUGGCGCAGAUCUCCAACACUCUGCUGAAGAACUACAGCUAUAACGAGAUCCACAACCGGCGCGUGGCUCUGGGCAUCACCUGCGUGCAGUGCACCCCAGUCCAGCUGGAGAUUCUGAGGCGUGCGGGCGCCAUGCCCAUCUCCUCGAGGCGCUGUGGGAUGAUCACAAAGCGCGAAGCAGAGAGGCUUUGUAAAUCGUUUAUCGGAGCCCACAACCCUCCAAAACUACCAGAGAAUUUCGCGUUUGAUGUUUCCCACGAGUGCACGUGGGGGAGCCGUGGUAACUUCAUACCAGCCAGGUACAACAGCUCCAGAGCCAAGUGUAUCAAGUGCUCCUUCUGCAAUAUGUAUUUUUCUCCCAAUAAGUUCAUAUUCCACUCUCACCGAACAUCAGAAUCCAAGUAUACCCAGCCAGACGCUGCUAACUUUAACUCCUGGAGGAGACACCUCAAACUGACCGACAAGGGCUCGCCGGAUGAUUUAGCUCAUGCGUGGGAGGACGUCAAAGCCAUGUUCAACGGGGGCAGCAGGAAGAGGACGCUGCCCAUGCACCGCCACGGGCCCGAACGUUCCUCUCCGUUAAAACCUCACCAAGGACCUUCCAACCUGCCCCGGAGAGGCUCACCGGAGAUCCCCCCUAAAAUCCUCCGCUGCGAGGACAACCGGGGAGGCAUGGGGAGUAUAGCGAGCAUCACACGCAGCUAUCCCAUUAUCCCGGUGCCCAGCAAAAGCUACGGGAUGCUGCAGAACGUGAAGAUCCCUCCACCUCUCUUCCCACACCCAUACGGGUUUCCGGCCUUCGGGUUGUGUCAGAAGAAGGAUGACAGUGGUGUGAUGGGGGAGCCGAAUAAAGCCCACCUAUCUGGCGUCUUCUCCUGGCCGAGCACCAAGGACAGCGCCUACCACUCUUUCCCCAUGUUCUGGCCGACUGCAGACGGCCUGUCCAUACCGUCCUUCCCCCAGCCACAGCACCAGGCCCAGACAGCACCAGGCCCAAAACAGCCAUCGGAGGUCCUGUGCGCCAGACAGAGUGAGCUGGACGCAUCCGAGCAGAGUGACAGAAAUAGCAACACUCCAAAGGACAGUGUGGGGGAUGGUGAGCGGUGCUCCAGCACUCAGUCCACCCGGAAUGAGGAUGACAAGUCCGGGGAUGAGGCGAGGUCAAUGGACGGUAAAAUGCCCGUUCUACCCCGGAAGAUUAGCUAUGUCUCCGCAUUCAGACCCGUCAUCAAAGACGCGAAGAGUAUAGCCAAACUAUACGGUAACCGGGGGAAGUACAACGGGGCUCGAGCUGGGUAUCUGUCACCUGAUUUCCUAAGCGAGAGCUCGAGCUACAGGUCCUUGUCGCCAGACAGCGUGGAGAGCGUUGGCGAGACAGAUGUGGACGUGGAGACCAAUAAGUCACAGGAGGAUGAUGAGUCACUUCCGCACUCCAUUGAGGACUGCAGGAGCCCCCCUGUCCCUGUUCUAAGCCUUUCGCGCGGUGCAGAUGACUGUGCCAGUAGAGAGGAGCCAUCUUCGACAGUGAAGGAGGUUGAAACGAAGGGCCAAAGCCGGGAGGAGGGCCCGAGAGAAGCACUGAACGAGGGUAAAUUUAAGCGCUACACUUACGAAUUGCAGAAACAACUCACGGAGCAAGUGGAGUUAAGGAAGAAAUUGGAACGAGAAUUCCAACAUUUAAAAGAUAAUUUCAAUCAUCAGAUGAAAAGGGAGCUGUCCUACAGGGAGGAGAUGGUUCAGCAGCUUCAUAUUGUGAGAGACACAUUAUGCAGUGAGUUGGAGCGAGAGAAAAAGGCUCGCUAUGCUAUUCAACACAAGUUGAAAGAAGCUCACGACGCGCUACACCAAUUCUCCUGUAAGAUGCUGACUCCUCGUCACUGCACUGGAACCUGCUCCUUCAAACCUCCUCUUCUACCACCCUACCCCUUCCCACAGUCCGCCGUGGAGCCCCAUCAGUUUGGAAAGCAAGACUACUACCACCCUAGCCCCUUCCCACAGUCCGCCGUGGAGCCCCAUCAGUUUGGAAAGCAAGACUACUACCGCCCUAGCCCCUUCCCACAGUCCGCCGUGGAGCCCCAUCCUUUUGGAAAGCAAGACUACUACCACCCUAGUCCCUUCCCACAGUCCGCCGUGGAGCCCCAUCCUUUUGGAAAGCAAGACUACUACCACCCUAGCCCCUUCCCACAGUCCGCCGUGGAGCCCCAUCAGUUUGGAAAGCAAGACUACUACCACCCUAGCCCCUUCCCACAGUCCGCCGUGGAGCCCCAUCAGUUUGGAAAGCAAGACUACUACCACCCUAGCCCCUUCCCACAGUCCGCCGUGGAGCCCCAUCAGUUUGGAAAGCAAGACUACUACCACCCUAGUCCCUUCCCACAGUCCGCCGUGGAGCCCCAUCCGUUUGGAAAGCAAGACUACUACCACCCUAGCCCCUUCCCACAGUCCGCCGUGGAGCCCCAUCAGUUUGGAAAGCAAGACUACUACCACCCUAGCCCCUUCCCACAGUCCGCCGUGGAGCCCCAUCAGUUUGGAAAGCAAGACUACUACCACCCUAGCCCCUACCCACAGUCCGCCGUGGAGCCCCAUCAGUUUGGAAAGCAAGACUACUACCACCCUAGCCCCUUCCCACAGUCCGCCGUGGAGCCCCAUCAGUUUGGAAAGCAAGACUACUACCACCCUAGUCCCUUCCCACAGUCCGCCGUGGAGCCCCAUCCGUUUGGAAAGCAAGACUACUACCACCCUAGCCCCUUCCCACAGUCCGCCGUGGAGCCCCAUCAGUUUGGAAAGCAAGACUACUACCACCCUAGCCCCUUCCCACAGUCCGCCGUGGAGCCCCAUCCUUUUGGAAAGCAAGACUACUACCACCCUAGCCCCUUCCCACAGUCCGCCGUGGAGCCCCAUCCGUUUGGAAAGCAAGACUACUACCACCCUGAAGGCUAG